AGUCGACAGAAUUCUUGCUUGCCUUUGAUGAGCUUCAAAUACUAUUUCCAUUGACUUUUCUUUGCUUUCUUUGUUUGACCCCUUUUGUCCGAUCAAUAAAGACAAAGCAGAGUAGGAGACUUUGGGUGAUUAUGCAUAAAGUAUUUAUGUAUCGAUAUACAUACAUCCCCUAUUGAUCUUAGUUGCCCAGGAAGCCGAAGAAAUAUAGAGCUUUCCCCGCACUGAACGAUUCCUUUCGAAAUCCCCGGUUACUUAUUUCUACUUGUAGCGCCUUCUCAGCUCGUUCCUCGAUCUUUAACUUUUUGAAAACAUUCCUGUCUCCCAUCUCCUUGUGCACUCUAUUCCAUCGCCAUGGUAUUUACCGCUCCAAGCAUUGCAGGCACCCUGCUGCCAAUACCAGACGACAUCCCAAUCAGCCAGUUUAUACUGACAGAACAACAUGGACGCUUCCCCAUGGCCACUUCAAGACACCCAUUCACAUGCGGACUAACCGGCAAGACCUACUCCACGUUCGAAGUAAAGGAGCGAGUGGAAUACCUCACCCGAGCAAUCGCACAGGAAUUCAAUUGGACACCGGGCUCGGGCACAGAGUGGGACAAGACUCUCGCUGUGUUCAGCGUCAACACUAUUGACACCCUUCCACUAGCGUGGGCGACACAUGAGUUAGGAGGCAUUGUAUCACCUGCUAAUGCAGCUUAUUCGGCGGCAGAACUAAAACACCAGCUACUCGAUUCCAAGGCAAAGGCCCUUUUCACAUGUAUUCCGCUUCUAGCCACGGCCCUGGAGGCGGCUUCUCUGGCUGGGUUGCCAAAAAAUCGCAUUUACUUGAUUGAGGUCCCACCACAGCUCAGCGAGGGUAUCAAGCCUCCCGUGGGAUAUACAACGGUCUCGCAAUUAAUCCAAGCUGGAAAAUCACUCCCAAGAGUGGAAAGGAUAAAAUGGCGUGCUGGAGAGGCUGCGCGCCGAACCGCGUUCCUAUGCUACUCAAGCGGAACAUCUGGAUUGCCGAAAGGAGUCAUGAUCUCCCAUCGAAACGUUAUCGCGAAUGUCUUGCAAAUUACUGCUUUUGAGAAAUCCUGGCGCGAUGCCCAGUCCACUCCUGGCGGUGCCUACUAUACUGAUGUUGUUCUCGGAUUGCUUCCUCAAAGCCACAUCUAUGGUCUAGUUGUGAUGUGCCAUUGUGGACCGUUCAGGGGCGAUCAAGUCGUAGUUCUCCCCAAAUUCGAGUUGAGGAGUUUUAUGGCUGCUGUUCAGAAUUUCAGGAUCUCUGCUUUGUUUGUGGUCCCUCCAAUUAUCAUCACGAUGAUUCGCAAUCAGGAAAUUUGCGCCGAGUACGAUUUCAGCUCAGCGAUUUCCCUCUUCAGUGGAGCAGCACCUUUGGGCAGAGAGACAGCACUCGACUUCCAAAAAAUAUAUCCACAGGUUUCCAUUCGGCAAGGAUACGGACUUACUGAAACUGCGACUGUUGUCACCUCAACCCAUUACAGCGAUGUCUUCCUAGGUUCCUCGGGAUGUCUUCUCCCCGGAGCUGAAGUGCGCAUCGUCACCCCAGAAGGCGUCGAGGUCACCGAAUAUGAGACACCGGGUGAACUUUGGGUCCGCAGUCCAAGUGUCGUCCUGGGCUACUUGAACAACGACAAGGCCACCAAAGAGACAUUCGAAGACGGAUGGAUGCACACUGGCGAUGAAGCCAUUAUCUGCAAGAGUCCACAGGGGAUCGAGCAUGUGUUUAUUGUGGAUCGAAUCAAGGAAUUAAUCAAAGUGAAGGGUCUACAAGUCGCUCCGGCGGAGCUAGAAGCUCACCUUCUCAUCCACCCUGCCGUUGCGGACUGCGCCGUGAUCGCGAUCCCCGACCAUGCUGCAGGCGAACUUCCCAAAGCCAUUGUGGUCAAAUCACCGGCCGCAGGAUCAGACGAUGCAGCGACCAUUCAAUCCAUCAUGAAACACGUGCAGGAUCAUAAAGCCCGCCACAAGUGGUUGAAGGGUGGUGUCCGGUUCGUCGACACAAUCCCUAAAAGUCCCAGCGGUAAGAUUCUGCGACGAUUCCUGCGGGACCAGGAGAAGGAAAUCCGUAGACAAGCGGGUGUCAAACUUCUCAUUACAAUGUCCUCCUCCCAAUAUCCUCACAACGAGGGAGAGGAAGAUGCCUAUCUCCAAGCCGACGAGGCGGAAGAAAUCUUCAACCGGGAUGAUGAAGACCACCCGAUGGACUCAGAUGGCGAAGACCAGGAUGGAGAUGGAGACCACGAAAUGGCCUUUGAAGAACAAGAGAUCACACUUGAGAACGACUCCGCCGCGCACUUCGACCUGCACAACGACUCCAUCUUCUGUGUCGCCCAGCACCCGAUUCACAACGCCAUUGUCGUGACAGGGUCUGGCGACGACACUGCAUAUCUCUUCGACUCGACGCCACAGAACGAACGGCCCCUUCUCCCGCAGAGCUACGAGUCCAACCCGCAACCGCGACAGGAGCGGGACUCUCUCAAGCCGCUCGUGAAGAUGGAUGGACACACAGACACGGUCAACGCGGUGGCCUUCACAGAGCCCCAGGGCGAGUAUGUGGUGACCGCGGGGUUGGAUGGCAAGUUGCGCGUGUGGCGCGAUACUUCACCGCAGCUGACGGGGCUCUCGUGGGCGUUUGUUGCGGAGGCCCAGGAGGUAGAGGAGAUUAAUUGGGUGGCGGUUUGUCCCUGCGCGAAUGGCGACGACGAGGAGAAGAAGAAUGUGGUUGCGCUGGGUGCGAAUGACGGCAGUGCGUGGGUUUUCCGCAUUAAUCACAACGAUGCCGCCGAGCCUAUCUCGAUCAUUCAGACUUUCUUCCAGCACACCGGUCCCUGCACGGCGGGUGCUUGGACCCCGGAUGGGAACAUGCUUGCCACUGUUUCCGAGGAUGGUAGUUUCUACGUUUAUGAUGUCUUUGGCCAUGCGGCUGCGGCCGGUGUUCCUUACUCUGCUGGAACCAGCGCGGUGGUUGGGCUUACGGCCGAGGACCAACGAUUCGCUGUGGAGGGCGGUCUGUACUCGGUUGCGAUUGCGCCCACUGGUGGAUUCGCUGCUGUUGGAGGAGCAGAAGGUCAUAUCAAGAUCGUGGGUCUGCCUCGUCUCGGUGCUGGCGGUGCUGGCGCGGGCAAGUCCAAGGGCAAGGGUGCUGCUCCGCAGACCUCCGCCGCGACGGCCGGGACACUCCUUGCUGCAUUGCAGCCGCAAUCCGAUAGCGUUGAGACGCUCUCUUUCUCUGCUCCGCCGUUGACUCUCCUGGCAGCGGGCUCCGUGGAUGGCUCAGUCGCCCUGUUUGACACUGCCCACCGAUUUGCCGUGCGUCGGCACAUCAAGGAAGCCCACGAGGGCGCCGUCGUGAAGGUUGAGUUCCUGCAGAGCCGGUCCACCACCGCCACCCCUGCCGCUCGUCCCAAUCCUCUAGCCGCUGCUACGGCCGGCCAGGGUCGAUCGUAUCUUCUCACGUCCGUUGGUAUCGAUGGCGUUGUGAGACGCUGGGAUGCCCGUGGAGGAACCACAGCUGCCGCCCACGGUCUUCUGACAGAGUGGAGAGGACACCUCGGUUUAACUGAGAACGAGGAGGGCGAACAAGCCGGUGGAAUCAUGGGCUUUGUUCAGGGAUUUGAUGGAAAGCGGGUAGUAACUGCAGGCGACGACGGGAUUUCGCUGAUAUUUGAAGAAUAG